UUUGAGACGAAAUCUACUGCUCGAUUAAUAUUCUCAGGCCUUUGGAUUCCGACCGAAUUACACUACCAGCUGUCUUGGUUCUCCAGCUUGCAGGCAGGACUGCGGGACUUCCCUGCCUCCAUAACCACGUAGAUAGAUUAUCUAAAUCCUUUACUCUGGACCCUAGAAAAGAAGAAUGGAAAAUGAGGAGAGGAAACCAAACUGUUCUGGAGGAAAGACAUGGGAAAAGGAGCUGGACAGAAACAGUCAACGUUGUUUUCUCCAGUACAACCAAGGAGAAAACGGACUCCCCUCCCACCAGGAAUUUUGGUUUCCCCAAUGGGGACCUCAGCCGGUGAAUAAACUGAAGCUCGGGAUGCUUAUUGGUCUCAGCUCACACAAGGAAUGGGACUCAAGCCUAGCCCUGUCUGAUACCGGAGUCUACGGUCAAGAUUACUGCUCCUUUUCUGCUGCCAUGGCAACCACUCAAGGACUAGAAGGGACCACAGGGGCUGGCACUGGUGUGUACCAGCCAGAGAAGUCUGCUGUUCUACACCCACAUCUGUGGAAAGGGAUGCCAGAGAAGUUCUUGAAGGGGGAACCUAAAGUGCUCGGGGUUGUGCAGAUCCUGAUUGCCCUGAUGAUCUUCAGUCUGGGAAUAAUAAACAUUAAUGUCACAUUUCCACUUAACGAACUUCAUUAUUUGUCAGAGUAUGAGUUGUACAAAAUUGCGGGAUCACUGUUGUUUAUUGUUUCAGGGUCCUUGUCAAUUGCAGCAGGGGUUAAAACUACAAAAGGUCUGAUCAGAAGUAGCCUAGGAUUAAACAUCUGCAGUUCUGUCUUGGCUGCAUUUGGGAUCUUGUUCGGUGCAAGCCACAUGAAUGGUUUUCGAUUCAAUCUCGCUCACUGCAGGGAUUUUGGGAACUCAGAGAACUGCUUCAUGUCCCUGUCUAUUUUAAUGGGUCUGGAAGCUAUGGUGAUUCUGCUAGGUGUGCUUGAGUUCUGCAUUGCUGUGUCCCUUUCUGCCUUUGGAUGCAAAGUAACCUGUUGCUAUCCUGAGGGAGUUGUGUUGAUUAUGCCAUCAAAUCCUCACGGGGCAGAAACUGCAUCUCCUGUGCCAUUUUCAGAGGGUUUGAUGCCACCAACAGACGAACAACAAAGUGUUCCAGAAAAUCCAUCCUGAAAGUUGUGCAAGAACCACAUUUGGGAAAGUAUGAGAAUCCAGCUGUGAUAUAUAUAUCUAUAAUUCAAAAUCAUGUCCUCAUUUUCCCCCCAGAACUCAACAGCUCAUUU